AUGGGUUCACUGUCGACUUGUGUAGCUGCCGUAUGUACGACAAAUGUGAUCAAGGACCUCAUACGUGUCGGUUCUAAUGAAAACAUGACCAUCAACGACGUCAGUACUUUUGUCACGCUAGCAUACUCUCUUGAAGGUUCAGACAAAUCUGCAUUCAUCGAACAAGCCGAGCUCGCAUUCUGUGAUUUGGUAAAGGCCAAGAAGCCGGACGUCGUCCUUUGUUGCUAUCAAGGAAACUCGAACAAUGGUUUUAUCCAGAACCUACGCAGUUUAGGAUAA